GACGGACGACGGGACUCUUCCUUGGCUAGACGACUCCUCCCUCCGCCCGCGCCCGCCUCGUCGUCUCCUCACCUCCCCCUCCACCUCCACUUGCUGCUAUUUUGACCCUCCCGGCCUCCCCGUUCCUUUCUUUAAUCAACCAUCAAUUCCGCCUCGCCUCGCCUCGCCUCGCUAUCCCUCCCUCCCUCUCUCCCUGCCUGCCUCCGCCCGCCCGCCCGCCCGCCGUGGAGGAGGGUUUGGGAUUUUGCGGACCUCAGCAGCUCCAUCUCACACUCUAGACUCACGCGCGGCGCGGGCGCGUGCCGGGCCGGACGGACGCCUUCCCGUCUCCUCGCUCCUCUCGUCUCAUCAGUCGUCACUUCACUACUACCCUUAUGAGCAGCGGCUAGGAUUCCACCGAGGAGUCGACGGCGCGCGGAUCCGGUGCUCUCCUGCUAGCGUAGGAGGAGGAGCGACAUGAGCUUCGGGAGCCUAUUCGACGGCGGGGCCGGCGGCGGCGGCGGCGGAGGGAUGCAGUUCCCGUUCUCGACAGGCUUCUCGUCCUCGCCGGCGCUCUCCCUCGGCCUGGACAACGCCGGCGGCGGCGGCAUGGUGGGACGGAUGCUCCCUGGGGGCGCCGGCGCCGGCGCCGCGGCGGACGGCGGCGGGAUGAUGAUGGGGAGGGACGCCGACGCCGAGAACGACAGCCGGUCCGGGAGCGACCACCUGGACGCCAUGUCCGCUGGCGGCGCCGAGGACGAGGACGACGCCGAGCCAGGCAACCCGCGCAAGCGCAAGAAGCGCUACCACCGCCACACGCCGCAGCAGAUCCAGGAGCUCGAAGCGCUGUUCAAGGAGUGCCCUCACCCGGACGAGAAGCAGCGUGGCGAGCUCAGCAAGAGGCUUGGCCUCGACCCGCGCCAGGUCAAGUUCUGGUUCCAGAACCGCCGCACGCAGAUGAAGACGCAACUGGAGCGGCACGAGAACGCGCUUCUCAAGCAGGAGAACGACAAGCUGCGCGCCGAGAACAUGGCGAUCCGGGAGGCCAUGCGCAGCCCGAUGUGCGGCAGCUGCGGGAGCCCCGCCAUGCUUGGGGAGGUGUCGUUGGAGGAGCAGCACCUGUGCAUCGAGAAUGCGCGGCUCAAGGACGAGCUCAGCCGCGUCUACGCCCUCGCCACCAAGUUCCUCGGCAAGCCCAUGUCCAUCCUCUCGGCCGGGACCAUGCUGCAGCCGAACCUGUCGCUGCCCAUGCCGAGCUCGUCGCUGGAGCUGGCGGUCGGCGGCGGUCUCCGGGGUCUAGGGUCUAUCCCGUCUGCUGCUACCAUGCCUGGUUCCAUGGGCGACUUUGCUGGGGGCGUGUCUAGCCCAUUGGGCACGGUGAUCACGCCUGCACGGACGACCGGAUCUGCUCCACCGCCUAUGGUGGGCAUCGACAGGUCCAUGCUGUUGGAGCUUGCGAUCAGCGCCAUGGAUGAACUUGUUAAGCUGGCACAGAUUGACGAGCCUUUGUGGCUUCCCAGCCUCAAUGGCUCUCCCAACAAGGAGUUGCUCAACUUUGAGGAGUAUGCCCACUCGUUCCUUCCGUGCGUCGGCGUGAAGCCUGUGGGCUAUGUGUCCGAGGCCUCUAGGGAGUCUGGCCUCGUCAUUUUUGAUAACAGCCUUGCCCUUGUUGAGACCCUGAUGGACGAGAGACGGUGGUCUGACAUGUUCUCAUGCAUGAUUGCUAAGGCCACAGUCCUAGAGGAGGUGACAUCCGGCAUUGCAGGAAGUAGAAAUGGUGGGCUGCUGCUGAUGAAGGCUGAGCUACAAGUGCUCUCACCUCUAGUGCCCAUCAGGGAGGUCACAUUUCUCAGGUUUUGCAAGCAGCUGGCUGAGGGUGCAUGGGCAGUAGUGGACGUGUCCAUCGAUGGAUUGGUGAGAGAUCAGAACUCUGCAACAGCAUCCAACGCCGGAAAUAUAAGGUGCAGGAGGUUGCCUUCUGGCUGUGUGAUGCAAGACACUCCCAAUGGCUAUUGCAAGGUCACAUGGGUCGAGCAUACGGAAUACGAUGAGGCAUCAGUACACCAGCUCUAUAGACCACUUCUCCGGUCCGGGCUGGCCUUUGGGGCCAGGCGGUGGCUCGCAAUGCUGCAGCGCCAGUGUGAAUGCCUGGCCAUACUCAUGUCCCCUGAUACAGUUUCAGCAAAUGACUCGUCAGUCAUAACCCAAGAGGGGAAGCGAAGCAUGCUGAAGCUGGCGCGGCGGAUGACGGAGAACUUCUGCGCUGGGGUCAGCGCGUCGUCUGCACGUGAAUGGAGCAAGCUGGACGGUGCGGCAGGCAGCAUCGGUGAGGAUGUGCGGGUCAUGGCACGGAAGAGCGUGGACGAGCCUGGGGAGCCACCGGGCGUGGUGCUAAGUGCCGCCACAUCGGUGUGGGUGCCCGUGGCUCCGGAGAAGCUCUUCAACUUCCUCCGUGACGAGCAGCUGCGCGCAGAGUGGGACAUCCUCAGCAACGGAGGCCCCAUGCAGGAGAUGGCUAACAUUGCCAAGGGGCAGGAGCACGGGAACUCGGUGUCCCUCCUCAGAGCCAGUGCCAUGAGUGCCAACCAGAGCAGCAUGUUGAUCCUUCAGGAGACUUGCACUGAUGCAUCAGGUUCGAUGGUCGUGUACGCUCCGGUGGACAUCCCGGCGAUGCAGCUCGUCAUGAACGGCGGGGAUUCCACCUACGUUGCUCUGCUGCCAUCUGGGUUUGCCAUCCUGCCGGACGGUCCAAGCGGUGUCGGCGCUGAGCAUAAGACAGGUGGCUCGCUACUCACCGUUGCCUUCCAGAUCCUCGUCAACAGCCAGCCGACCGCCAAGCUCACCGUGGAAUCAGUAGAGACCGUGAACAACCUUAUAUCCUGCACCAUCAAGAAGAUCAAGACAGCGCUGCAGUGCGACGCUUGAGUGUCGCCGUCGCCGCAGGGGGGAUGGUCGUCGACGACGAGCCUGAGUCAAGAACGAACCUCGUGCUGGAAAGAAACCUUUGCUAGGUGAUAAGGAUCCAUCUCGGACAGGUCCUUAGCACAGAGCAAUGGUGGUGGUUCGGGUAUUGACUCGGUCUCUAUCGUCUGCUUGUUCUCCCUGCCAACCUGGCUGUUUGAUACAGGACCUUUGCAUAGUGGACAAUAAUGGUUAGAUGGCUAAUCUUAUGUUUCAGUCCCGUCGUUUCAUCAGGGAAUCAAACGUUGAGUUUUUGGCCGGGUCGUUGUUAGUUAUUACGUAUAAUAUACUGUCCAUUAUUCUCUGUUGUGAGGAGCUAUAUGUUAUAUGUAAACUUGAGAGCACAGAAACGUUGGGUUGUAGUGGUGUCGUCCAUAGGUCAUGGUAGCAUGCAUAAGUGUAGCUAGGCAUCAAACUAUCAGCCAAUAAUGUCUGAUCGAUAAAGUGGUGUAGUGGUUUACCUGGAAAUGCUUAUUUAGCUUCAUCAAUUAUUAAAAUUUAUUCUGCAAGUAUA